AUGGUGCGAGGCGAAGUCGCCAGCACCAGUAAAGGAGAUUCUGCUAAGCUCACAGGAGUCCCGGGGCCCGGAUCAAACGCUAGAAAACAGGUGUCGGCGUCCAAAAAGUUGGAGUCGGACCGCCGCAUGGCAGCCAAAAUCUUGGAACGCUACGGUGGCGAGCAUGCUGAGCAGAAACCUGGGCAGCAUGCUAGCACACUCGAGUGGGCUAGGAAGGUGCUUAGCGACGGUGGCGAUAGUAAACCGGUGGGAUUGGGUGAAACUCAAUCGCAUGUUAAGCGACAAAGAUCGUUCGAGGGGGAAUCCUCUCUUGGUAAGAAACCUCGGGUUGGAGAGGCCCCUAAGUUUAGCGAAAUCGCCAAACUUGCGGGGUCUAUUGAGCUGGGGGUAUGCGAUCGGAGCAGGGAAGAUGGAGCCAUCUCCCACGAUGAGUGGAAGCGGGUCGCGGCGGCCAUUUCCGCGGUUUUCAUGAGGGUGAUCAGAGGAAACCCUGGUCCCCCUCCAAGCUGCGAGAGCGCAGGAUGGCACUACGGCAUCCACAAGCUUGUCAGGUGUGCUGAUGAAAGAUCAGCAUCCUUGUACAAGGAAGCGGUGUCCCUGGUGGGAGAGGUCUGGAAGGGGGCUAAGCUCGAGGCGGUGGCCAAGGAAGAACUUCCACUACACCCUCGUGCUCGGGUGUGGCUUCCCGCCGAACCCUCCACUACAGGAGAGAUCGAAGAAAUCUUGCAUUAUUGCAAUCCUUCUCUUCCUGUUCAAAAUUGGAAGGUCAUUCGGCUAGAGAAAACUCAGGAGCCAUAUCGGCAAGCGCUGAUACUUCUGAACAAGGAGUCCUUGGGUCCUCUCAGCGAUGUAAAGGGGGUCAUCAGCUAUGGUUUCGAGAAGGUGGUCCUUCGGGUCCUCCCUACCGAUGCCAAAGCCGAUGUCCCACUACCUUCAGGAGCGGGAGAGGAGGGAAUUGAUGCCCAAACGGGCAUGGAUGUUGACUCAUCCCACUCGGACACGGCGAGUAUUGGAGAUGGAUCCGUCUUCAAUCUCGGCAAACUGUUCGAGGAGGAUCGAGCCGAGUGUAUGGAGAGUGCGGAACUCGCACUGUUGGAGAAGAGUUUGGAGGAUGAAGAUCCUGCAAAUUAA